GGAGCAUACCGCUGCAUUGUUUGGCUGCACAGCAUGUAAAGACAGUGUUAACUCCGUGUUAGCGUUAGUCUCACUGAGGGCAGGCCUGCACAGGCAAGGAAGGGAUCACCAAUUUGAUUAAAAGUAAGAGAGGAGCGGGAGUAGUUCAAUCUGACUUUAAGGAUCUUUAAACUGUUUGAGGAAUGGAUUGCAAGUGUGAAACAGGCAACUCUGAGGAAGCACUUCCAGGCUGGUGGAUGAAUAGCAGCAACAUUCAAAUUACCGUGGUGGGAUAUCUCCUCUACAGAUUCUCACAGACUCUUCCUGCACUGAUCCGAUGGCCAAUUCGUCUUUUUUGCUCCAUAACUGGUCUAUCAGCUCUUUGGGGCUGGGUGAGCCGCCUUGUGGGGACCCUCCGAGGAAUCCAGAGCCUGUGUAAAUGGCUGUCUCGAAUUUGGAAAUUUUUUGUAGCUUGUUCAUCCAAAUUCAAAUGGAUGCUUCCUAUCAUCAGAGCCAUAACAGGAUCAUCAAGUGAUGGGUCUUUGGAGCUUGAAAGCAUCAGACUGAACCUCUCCAGUCCAUUAAAAGCAGACCUAAGGCUGAUCCUCCUUGGCCCUGCCGGAGGAGGACGCACUUCAGUAGCAAACACUUUGUUGGGCUGCAGUGUAGCACAGGCUGAUGAACCUCUCACAGAGAGCACCAUAAGAAGGUCUGUAAUAAACGGUAGAGAGGUCACUGUGAUCGACACUCCAGAUCUUCUUGGUCCAUCUUUGGGGAGAAACCACAAAGCUAGAGAAGCUUUGAGGAGUGUUCAGCUUGCAAGCCCUGGUCCACAUGCCAUCCUGCUGGUGAUGCAGGCGCCACGCUCCAGCGAGAACAUGCACCAGUACGCAAUGCGAGUAAUCCAAGCUACUCUGGAACUGUUUGGAGAUGGGGUCCUGGGGUACAUCAUCCCAGUGCUCACCAACGCUGACUGCCUGGGCCGAAAGCGCACUGCUGAUUUUGGAUUGUUGGAUGUGGAUGCUGGAAGUUUGAAGACACUGACAUCUCUAUGCGGUCAGAGGCCUGUGCUGCUGGACACCAGGCCCGAUCAGCCUCCGGAGGUGCUGAGCAUGACACGCAGGGAGCUGGUGGGGCGUGUGAUGGAGCUGAAGGCUCUGAGGGUAAAUUUUUUUGUGCAUGAGCUGCAGAGGAGGGAGGAGCGUUUCAGAGAGGAACUGCUUGGUAACAUGACCUCUGCACUGGCCAGAAAAAUGGAAUACAAGUAGAGCAGGAGUGUCCAAAGUGCGGCCGUGGGACCAUUUUCAGCCCACGCCUCAUUUUUUUAAAUUGAUACUUGCUUUACCCUAAAAAUAAAAUGAAUUGAUUAAUAAUAAUAUAUCACACAAACAUUUGAUUUGUCAACUAUGACACAAAGUUAAGAGGUCAUGUUUUCUUCAAGCAUAUAUCAAUCUACUUUGGAUUGGUUUCAGCCUAGCAAAGAAUGUCAGCGAUGUAGAUGAUACAGUCACACAGCCAUCAUUAAAAAAAUAA